AUACGCCAUAAAAAGCCUUAAUAGUUAUAUAACACUAAAGUGCAAUAAAGUAGUUAAAUUUAAUAUAUACUGGCGAUGAGGUAGAGGUAAAUUCAGGUAAAGGGAUGAGUGUUGUAAGGAGCCUUGACGGACUGACGAUGCAGAUUCCUAUAAAAGUCACCGAUCAAGACGGUCUUGCGGAAUGGAUGAUGAUAGAGCUCCAGGGAGACCUGGAGUCGCGGACCAAGUCAGAAAUGCGAAACAAAUUCAUUGGAGAUGUUCACUUCACCAAGCAGGGCAUACCAGUUCUUAUCAUUGGUCAUCAUAUAUUAUACGGCAAGGUUCAAGAUCUCGACAAGCCCUUAGCAGUAAUGAGAAAGACGAGGGUUGACGAGAGUAUGGACGUUGAUGGCCUGCAAGACUUGCAAGAUAGACAUGCACACCAGUCUGUGGAGUACAGCAUCAAGGCAAUUGUCAAGAAGAAACUUCUCUUUAAAACUAGGCCAAAGCCAAUUAUUGCAAGCAUGCAAAAUUAAAUUCAAUAUUUUAUUAAAAAAUAUUUUUACACU